AUGAUAGAGUGGCGACGAAGUGAUGUUCAGUUGACCGGCUGGCAGAGCAGUGACGGCCUUAUUACACCUGUUUCAUUCAGUGGGCGGUCCCCCUUGCACACUCCUGCUUCUUUAAAAGCAUUCUCACCUCUCCACACUGCCUCCUCACCCCUCUGCACGCCACAGCGCACCCCGAGCACGCUUCAAUCCCCACUGUGCACCCCAAGCACACAAAGAACAGCGAGAAUUCGAAAAACCAGUUUCAGGGGAUCCGACUCUAUGUUUACGUUCAGGUUAAAUUCUCCAAGGCGAGUACUAACUCCAGUACCUGGAGGAGCUCCUGGAGCUACUGGAACUAUGACGGAUACAGCUCCAAGAUCUAGCUCUAGGGCGAGUACAAGAAGGUUCCAUUCUAUACCACGGAGUUCUACCACGGACGGAUUAAGUUCUAAUAAUCUUGAAAGGUGAUUAUUUUCAAUUUGAGAAACGAUGGACAUUUUUGGGACAUGCAUAGAAAG